AUUGGUCCUAUGCGACUUCGAACAAUCCAUCUCCUCUUUAAACUUAGGGCCCAAUAUUUGUUUACAAUUUGAUGUUAGGCCAACACUAUUUAAAGUAAUACGCCUAGAUGACAACUCCUCAGAGAGGAGUGAACGAGUGCGGAUUAGUGAUCUUUCUAGGAGUGGUGUCCUGGAUGCCUGGCGGUCUCGUCCCACAAUGGCGGCUGGUUCACCGGAUAUUCCGUCUACUUCAAACUAUCAAUCAUCAUCUGCUCCAUACUUCCAAUCAUCUUCCCCAGCUCCUAACCCUACCGUUGACACUCUCCCUUCUGAUUUUGUUAGGUCAUUUGCUCGUUGUACUCUUGCGGCUAACCACCGAAAGCUGCGUUGUUUCUCAGGCCUGCCUUCACCCUCUCGUGAUGAGGAUGACUAUAGUUCAUGGAUAGACCAUGUAGAGGGACAAAUGGAUGAGUGGCAAGACUUAGAUGAUGCCGAAAAAAGGCGUCGCAUACGGGUAGCACUCCGUCCCCCUUCACUGAGCAUUAUUAAUGAUUUAAGGCGCGACAACCCCGCCGCCACAUCCUAUGACUAUCUUCGGGCAUUAGAUAUGGCCUUUGGUGAUACAGAAACAGACAAUGAGUUGUUCGUUAAGUUUCAUACCACAACGCAGAAAGAGGGUGAAACACCCUCAAAAUUCCUUAAUCGUCUACAAAAUAUCUUAAGAAGGGUACUCAGAAGAGGUAUAGUGCCUCGAGCCCAAUCUGAUGGAGUUAGGCUGAAUCAGUUCAUUAGGGGCAUUUUGUUUGAUGAGAUGGUAAUCGUCAACCUCCACCUCAGAGACAAGACCGCUAAUCCCCCUUCUUUUCUCAGUCUGCUAUCGUCGGUUAGGAAGCAGGAAGAAGAGGAACGUCUCAAAAGGGAGUCACGUGGGUUGCCGAAACAACCACCCGUGACGUAUGUUCAACACUUUCAACACACAACUCCACCUAUUCCCACCAAUGAGCAGCCCUCACAAAACCCUCAAAAGCAGGCCUCGAAAGGGAGACGACGAGAUAACCAGACAGCUACCGAUCAGGGUACCAUGGUAGACUUUUGCUUUAGGUGUGGUGAGGGGGGACAUAUUCGCCGUCGAUGCCCAAACCCAGCCAACAUCGAGCUGGUAAACCGAAGGCUAGUAAAGUUAGUUUUAGGAGGAAAGAUGCAGGGAAACUCCUCAGGACACCUGGCGCAGGGGAACCAGGGGUCCACGCAAAGGUUUUAAACCCCCAGUAUAAGUUAGGUACAGAUAUCCCACAGGGUUUAAUUGGGGAAACAAUUACUCCUAGAUGUUAUGUGGAUGAUAUAGAAACCCAAUGUCUUCUAGAUAGUGGUUCGCAAGUCACCCUCAUUUCUGAAAGUUUUUUUGACCGCCUUAAGCGAGAAUUGCAUCCCUUGAAUGACCUCGUUUUAUUUCAUGGAGGAGAUGGGCAGAUUCCAUAUUUGGGGUGGGCAUAUGUGUCUAUGGGUUUUAACAAUGCUUUUAGCGGAACGGAUGAUCGUUUUGAUACUUUAGCCUUGGUCGUCCUUGAUGGGCGUAAUUCCGAAACAGUGUCUAUAAUAAUAGGAACCAAUUCGGGUUUGUUUAGAAAUUGUUUUGCGUCGUGCAAACGUCAGGCUGGUGAUAGAUUUGUUCAGAGUUUAAAAAUAAGUGCCGCCUGCCUUAAAAUAUAAAGACAUUAAAAAUACUAACA